CACCAUGCUGGCCUCGGGGCUGCUGCUCCUGGCUCUGCUGGCCUGUCUGAUGCUCAUGGUGCUGAUGUCUGUCUGGCGGCAGAGGAAGCUGCUGGGGAAGAUGCCCCCUGGGCCCACACCGCUGCCCUUCAUCGGAAACUACCUCCAGCUGGACACGGAGCACAUGUACAACUCCCUCAUGAAGCUCAGGGAGCGCUAUGGGUCAGUGUUCACCGUGCACAUGGGGCACCGGCGCAUCGUGGUGUUGUGUGGAUAUAACGCGGUGAAAGAGGCGCUGGUGGACCAGGCAGAGGAGUUCAGCGGGCGCGGGGAGAACGCCAUCAUCGACUGGCUUUUCAAAGGCUACGGCGUGGCCUUCAGCAACGGCGAGCGUGCCAAGCAGCUGAGGCGCUUCUCCAUCACCACCCUGCGGGACUUCGGCGUCGGCAAGCGCGGCAUCGAGGAGCGCAUCCAGGAGGAGGCGGGCUUCCUCAUCGAGUCCUUCAGGGCCACGAAGGGCGCCUUCAUCGACCCCACCUUUUUCCUGAGCCGGACCGUGUCCAACGUCAUCAGCUCCAUCGUCUUCGGCGACCGCUUUGACUAUGAGGACGAGGAGUUCCUGUCGCUGCUGCGGAUGAUGCUGGGGAGCUUCCAGUUCACAGCCACAUCCACUGGGCAGCUCUUUGAAAUGUUCUACUCAGUGAUGAAACACCUGCCAGGGCCACAACAACAGGCCUUUAAAGAGCUGAAGGGGCUGGAGGACUUUAUAUCCAAGAAGGUGGAACAGAACAAAUACACAUUGGAUCCCAACUCUCCACGGGACUUCAUCGACUCCUUCCUCAUCCGCAUGCAGGAGGAGAAGAAGAACCCCAACACAGAGUUCUACAUGAAGAACCUGGUGCUGACCACGCUGAACCUCUUCUUUGCGGGCACAGAAACAGUCAGCACGACUAUGCGCUAUGGCUUCCUGCUGCUCAUGAAGCACCCAGAUGUGGAGGCCAAGAUCCACAAGGAGAUUGACCAGGUGAUUGGCAAGAACCGUCAACCCAAGUUCGAGGACCGGGCCAAGAUGCCCUACACAGAGGCGGUGAUCCAUGAGAUCCAAAGAUUUGGAGACAUUAUCCCCAUGGGCCUGUCCCGCAGAGUCAUCAAGGACACUAAGUUUCGAGAAUUCAUCCUGCCCAAGGGUACAGAAGUGUUCCCUAUGCUGGGUUCCGUGCUGAGAGACCCCAAGUUCUUCUCCAAGCCCCUAGAAUUCAACCCCCAGCACUUCCUGGAUGAGAAUGGGCAGUUUAAGAAGAAUGAUGCUUUCGUGCCCUUCUCCAUUGGGAAGCGAUACUGCUUCGGAGAAGGCCUGGCUAGGAUGGAGCUCUUCCUCUUCCUCACCACCAUCAUGCAGAACUUCCGUUUCAAGUCCCCCCAGUCGCCCCAGGACAUCGAUGUAUCCCCCAAACACGUGGGCUUUGCUACCAUCCCACCGACCUACACCAUGAGCUUGCAGCCCCGCUGAACCAGAGCUGUGCCAGGGCGGGGCGGAGGGGCGGGGCCAUGGUGGCGGGG